ACGAUGAGGCAAAGGUGAAAAGUGUGGUAGGAAUUCCUACCGAUUUUGUUGUGUAAACUUUUUUCUCUAUUUUGUAAAGUUAUAUAUUAAAAAUAUAUACAUUUAAGUAGAGUGAAUACUUAUAUUAUCUACAAAUUGAGAGCUUUAUUUUUGUCUCAUUCCUCGUUUUAUAUCGAAAUGGAAUCCAGGACUGAGUUUAAAAUAAAAUCACCGCCAACUGAUGCAAUUUCUGCGGUGGAAUUUGGACCAAACUCUACACAGUUCCUAUUAGUAUCAUCAUGGGACAGUACAGUACGAUUAUACGAUAUCCAUGCAAAUACAAUGAGGUUGAAAUAUAAUCAUGAUUUACCAGUAUUGGAUGUUGCAUUUCAGGAUGCUGUCCAUGCUUAUAGUGGUGGAUUAGGAAAUACUUUAAAGAUGUAUGACAUAAAUAGUAAUACAGAAUCAAUAAUGGGUACACAUGAUAAGCCAAUCAGAAAAAUAGAAUAUUGCGCGGCCGUAAACGCGAUAUUAACUGGUGGUUGGGAUGCUGCGGUAAAAUUAUGGGAUCCACGAACACCCACUUGCGUCGGUAGUUAUUUGCAACCAGAAGUAGUUCUCGCUUUGUCUGUAUGCGGUGACAAAUUUGUCGUGGGAACAGCGAAACGAAAAGUUUGUAUUUGGGAUUUGCGAAACAUGGCAGGCAUGUUUCAAAGACGAGAAAGUAGUUUAAAAUAUCAAACGCGCUGCAUCAAAGGUUUUCCCAAUGAGCAGGGAUAUGUAUUGAGUAGCAUAGAAGGUCGAGUUGCUGUCGAAUAUCUUGAUACCAUGCCAGAAGCUCAAAAGAAGAAAUAUGCAUUUAAAUGCCAUAGAAUAAAAGAAAAUAACGUCGAGCACAUUUAUCCAGUGAACGCUAUUAGCUUUCAUUCUGCAUAUAAUACAUUCGCCACUGGUGGUUCGGAUGGUUAUGUGAACAUCUGGGAUGGUUUUAACAAGAAACGCCUGUGCCAAUUCCAUCGUUAUAACGCUGGUGUAGCUGCACUUAGUUUCAGUCAUGAUGGUUCUGUGCUCGCGAUAGGAGUCUCGUAUUUAAACGAAGCUGAAAUUCCCCCGGGCGGCAGUGAUGAACGAGAAAUUUAUAUAAGAUAUGUCAAUGAUCAGGAAACUAAACCAAAAUAAAGACAGGUAUUGCAUAAGAUAGGUGGAACUCGAUUAUAAAAAGACUAUUAGACAGUGAAUCUCCAUGUAUAUUCUAUGUAUUUAAAACAACAAGAAGAAUUUGAAAUGGAGAAACACAUUGUGUAACAAAUUGUAAAUAAAUAUUUGAUUAUUAAUUUAUAUGCAUUUUGCGUAUGCAAAAAUAAUA